AUGGCCUUGCAAGGGGUAGAGCAGACUAUCCUUCGGGAUCCGGCUCUAUUCUAUUGGAUCCUGUUUCCUAUCAGUAUUGUUAUGAUAUUGACAGGUAUCCUCCGCCACUAUGCUACGGUCUUGAUGAACAACCCCCCGAAACCCCCGUCAACUGCGGCCGAGUCUCGCGAGCGUCUUUCCAUCCUGCGUGGUGUCAACCUGCGUAACAAUGCUUCAGCUGUCCUUACGAAAGAGUCUUUCGAGAUGCGAAAGAACUAUCUUGUUUCCGCAUACCAAAGUGGCGCUUUCUUGAAAGACCCUGCCAGCCGUGGACAACCACCCGCCAAUCCGAUGACGGACCCCGCCGGUAUGGAGGCAAUGAUGGGAAUGAUGAAAGGAAACAUGAUGAUGAUGAUUCCUCAAACUCUGAUCAUGAGCUGGAUCAAUGCUUUCUUCUCGGGAUUUGUCAUUCUGAAAUUGCCAUUCCCGCUUACAAUUCGCUUCAAAUCAAUGCUGCAGUCAGGUGUCAUGACUCGUGAUCUUGAUGUCAGAUGGGUGUCUAGUCUUUCAUGGUACUUCCUCAAUCUGUUUGGCCUUCAAUCGGUCUUUGGAUUCAUCCUUGGUAGCGACAAUGCCGCCAACCAGAUGGCUCAGCAAAUGGGUGCUAUGAACCCCGCCGCUGGAGUCAACCCCUUCCAACCCGGCCAAGACCCCGAUAAACUAUACAUGAACGAAGUCGAGAACCUUGAGGUCAUGGAGCACUUUUGCAUUUUGGACGGCAUUGAGGAGAGACUCUUGCACAACCUUGCUUCGGAAUAG